ACAUGAAUAACCACCACGCUGCAUUUUGGUCCACUUCUCCUUCACCACAAGAAAACCCCUACAUAACCAAAAAAGUGUUAAACAUAUACAAAUAUAUGUUAUACUUUAGAUUCUUAAAAAUUAGCCACCCUAUGCCUUGAUGACAGCUUUGCACACUCUUGGCAUUCUCAACCAGCUUCAUUGGCUACAGAAGAUAGCCAUAUUUGGUAAAAGACCAAGUCCAUAUUACAGCUUAAAUAAGCAAAGAUAAACGACAGUCCAUCAUUACUAUAAGACAUCAAGGUCAAUCAAUUCGGGAAAUUUCAAGAACUUUUAAAGUUUCUUCAAGUGCAGUCGCAAAAACCAUCAAAAUCUAUGAUGAAACUGGCUCUCAUGAGGACCGCCACAGGAAAGGAAGACCCAGAGUUACCUCUUCUGCAGAGGAUAAGUUCAAUGGAGUUAACUGCAACUCAGAUAAAUGAUUCACAGAGUUCAAGUAACAGACACAUCUCAACAUCAACUGUUCAGAGGAGACUACGUGAAUCAGGCCUUAACGGUCGAAUUGCUGCAACAACUAUUAAAGGACACCAAUAAGAAGAGACUUGCUUGGCUUGGGCCAAGAAACUCGAACAAUGGACAUUAGACCUGUGGAAAUCUGUCCUUUGGUCUGAUGAGUCCAAAAUUGGGAUUUUUGGUUCCAACCCUGUGUCUUUGUGAGACGCAGAAGAGGUGAACGGAUCUCUGCAUGUGUGGUUCUCACCAUGAAGCAUGGAGGAGGAGGUGUGAUGGUGCUUUGCUGGUGAUACUGCCAGUGAUUUAUUUUGAAUUCAAGGCACACUUAACCAGCAUGGCUAGCACAGCAUUCUGAAGCGAUACGCAAUCCCAUCUGGUUUGCGCUUAGUGGGACUAUCAUUUGUUUUUCAACAGGACAAUGACACCAAACACAUUCAGGCUGUGUAAGGGCUAUUUGACCAAGAAGGAGAGUGAUAGAGUUCUGCAUCAGAAGACCUGUUCACCACAAUUCCCCGACCUCAACCCAAUUGAGAUGGUUUGGGAUGAGUUGGACCGCAGAGUGAUGGAAAAGCAGCCAACAAGUGCUCCACAUAUGUGGGAACUUAUUCAAGACUGUUGGAAAAGCAUUCCUCAUGAAGCUGGUUGAGAGAAUGCCAAGAGUGUGCAAAGCUGUCAUCAAGGCAAAGGCUGGCUACUUUGAAGAAUCUCAAAUAUAAAUAUAUUUUGAUUUGUUUAACACUUUGGGUUACUAAAUGAUUCCAUAUGUGUUAUUUCAUAGUUUUGAUGUAGAAAAUAGUCAAAAUAGUCAUUUUCUACAAUGUAGAAAAUAGUCAAAAUAAAGAAAAACCCUGGAAUGAGUCGGUGUCCAAACUUUUGGCUGAUACUGUACAUGGGCCAAGUCAGACAACAGGAAGUGAGAGGGGAAGUUGGCUAGACACGGUCAGGUGUCAAAACACUAGCUCUAUUGGAGCAAACAUCACAAAGAAUAAUGCUGGUUUUCCAGACACAGGUGAGCCCUACUCCUGGACUGAAAAGCAUGCUCAAUGUAGAACUAUUGAAAGAGCUUUUUCAUCCACAAACACUUAAUCUUGUCUGGAAACCCAUCCAAUCCUCACCACUCAUCCCCUACCCAGAUGGUCAUACGCCAUCGCAAUCUUUGCUCUCUCUCUCUCCCACUACUAUCUCCUCUUCUAUCAUAUAAUCUCUCCCUUUGAUAAAUAGUUCUCUGUCUUCUCUCCUGACUCUGCCUGUUCGACCCUACUAUCCUCCCUUUCUGCAUCCUAUAACUCGAACUGUCCCCGUUUCUCCUGGCCGGCUCGGCCCUCCCCUCCUGCUCUGUGGCUGAGUGACUCAUUGCGAGCUUACAGAACAGGCCUGUGUGCAGCUGAGCAAAAAUUGAGGAAAACUAAACUUCUGGAGGACCUAUCAUCCUGUCACUCCCUCCUCUCUACAUGCUCUUCCUCUGUAUCCAUUGCUAAAACCACUUUCUAUCACUCUACAUUUCAGCUUCUGCCUGUAACCCUAGGAAACUCUUUUCCACCUUCUCCCUCCUUAAUCCUCAACCCCCUCCCUCCUCCCCCUCUGCGGACGACUUUGUCAACCACUUUGAAAAGAAGGUUGACAAUACUGUAUAUGCUCCUCCUUCACUCAGGCUAGUGAGUCAACUGGUCCCACUCACACAGAACUACCCUACGCCUUGACAGCCUGCGACUAGUGUCCGGCCGCCCGACAACCUGCCCGCUCGACCACAUCCCCUUCUCCCUUCUCCAGAUCAUCUCUGGCGACCUUCUCCCAUUCCUCACUCCCCUCAUCAACUCACUGGCUUCCCCCAUCAAUCCCUCUGACUUCAAAUGGCCGGAGUCGCUCCACUCCGCAAGAAACCAACACUCAACCCCUAUGACGUCAAAAACUACAGACCUGUAUCCCUUCUUCCUUUUCUUUCCAAAACACUUGAGCCCACUGUCUCAGACCAACUCUCUUGCUAUCUCUCUCAGAAAGAUGUUCUUGACCCUGACCGGUCAGGCUUCAAGACGGGUCACUCAACCGAGACUGAUCUUCUCUGUGUCAUGGUGGCUCUCCGCACUGCCAAAGCUGACUCUCUCCUCUGUUCUCCUCUUUCUAGAUCUAUCCACUGCCUUCGACAUCAUGAACUAUCAUAUCCUCCUCUCCACCCUCUCAGGGCUGGGUGUCUCAGGCUCUGCACACUCUUGGAUUGCAUCCUACUUGGAAGGUCGCUCCUCAGCUUGGAUAUCUCAGCUUGGAGGUCGGCCCACCAUCUCAAGCUCAACCUCGACAAGACAGAGCUGCUCUUUCUCCAGGUGAAGGCCUGCCUGCUCCAUGACCUCUCCAUCACGGCUGACAACUCCACAGUGUGACCCUCCCAGAGUGCAAAGAAACUUGGUGUGACCCUGGACAACACCCUGUCGUUCUCUGCAAACAUCAAAGCAGUGACCCGGUCCUGCAGGUUCAUGCUCUACAACAUCUGUAGAGUACGACCCUUUCUCACACAGGAAGCUGCACAGGUCCUAAUCUAGGCACUAGGCAGCAAGACGAACUGCCCUUCCUUCCCUACCUUCAGGCUAUGCUCAAACCCUAAACCCCAACCCGAGUUCUCCAUUCUGCCAUCUGUGCUCUUUUUGCCCUCUCACCCCUACGGGAGGGAAGCUCAGUCCAGUCCAAGCUCUUCUCUGUCCUGGCAACCCAAUGGUGGAACCAGCUUCCCCCUGAUAUGUUGUUGUUGUCCCACCUAGCUAUCUUAAGAUGACUGCACUAACUGUAAGUCCCUCUGAAUAAAGGCAUCUGCUAAAUGACUCAAAUGUAAAUGUUCAAAGAAAGGGUCCUAAACCAUAUCACAAAAAAAAUGAGUGUCUGAACUAUAGGCAACCUCUAGAAAUCCCUGCAGGGUUUCUCUUGGAUAAUUCCUUACACAUAUUUGUAUAAAGGGAAAUAGGAUAUAAUAAUAUAAAUAUAAUAAAUAAAUAAUAUAAUAUAAAGGGAAAUCAAGUUGAGACGUUCAUUUCAACAACAUACAAAGGUCAGUGUGAUGGUCUUAGCAGCUUUUUCCUCCUGCAGUUCACUUGAGACCUUUACUGGAUCCAAACAUUUAGCUCAAUUAUUAGGAUUAGACCCAGGUCAAGGUUUACAGCAUCAAAGCUUUCUGGAAAUACGAGGGAUUAUGUUAGUAGCCAAGCUGUUCACAAGCCUUUGGACACUGUUGUAACCAUCCGGAAAAAAACAAGACUCUUUCCAUUAGGACACUCAAUGUACAACGUUUUAAAAACGUUUUCCAACGGGAAAUGACAAUGCGAGUGUUUUUUAUUGGACAAGUCCAUGUAGUCCGUUCUAGUUUCAGUCCAUUUUCUUCCGUUUUGUGCCUAAUGGAAAAAAAACUGGAAUCUACUACCUCUUAGCCUGAGAACUGUAGGUUGGCUGUGCGGGAAGUAAGGAGGAAACUCAAAAUUAUACUUUGGUUUUGAUGCCAUCCUCUGGCUGAAGAAGGAGUGCCAAAGCAGGCUCUCGUAAUCUUACUAAGGAUGCUGAGGCCCAAUGUUACACUAUUAUUGCCAGCUACUUGCUGUGGGUUACUUUCUAUGCUGUAUAAGUACAUAUGGUUGCUACACUGCACAUUCAAACUCUCAUACACUAUUUUUUUAAGUACGCAUGGUAUUAUUUGGGAAUAUUUACUGAAGGUUUAAAUGUAUUUUACUGUCUGCUGUUUUAAGUAAUUUAUUUAUUAAAUGUACUGGUACUGGUAUAAAAGUAGCCUCCUGGUAUAACUUUGAUAUAGUUAAAUAGUAAUUACAUAGCAAUUACCUAAUGAGGUGCAGACCUGUAUUAGAUCAAGACGAGUCACAAACGUGAUGGCUUGAGACUUGUCUUGGUAGCUUCUAUUCUGUUUCACUACACGAGAGCGCAACGGUGGUGGCUGUCUCAUCAUUGUGGUGGCACUGUUGUGUCAUCAGCAAACUUAAUGAUGAUGUUGGAGUCACAUUUUCUUGUUUGCUUAUGGCCUUAUAUAGCUGGUUGAGUGCGGUCUUAGUACCAGCAUUGGUUUGUGGUGGUAAAUAGAUGGCUACGAAUAAUAUAGAUGUCACACCCUGAUCUAUUUCACCUGUCCUUGCGAUUGUCUCCACCCCCUCAAGGUGUCAUUUAUUUUCCCAAGUGUAUUUAUCCCUGUGUUUCCUGUCUCUCUGUGCCAGUUUGUCUUGUAUGUUUGUCAAGUCAACCAGCGUGUUUUUUCCCGUACUCCUUUUUCUCUUCUUUGCUAGUCCUCCCGGUUUUGACCCUUGCCUGUUUUCUGGACUCCAUUCCCGCCUGCCCUGACCUCGAGCUUGCCUGCCCUUUCGUACCUAAUGGACUCUGAACUGGUUUUGACCUUUUGCCUGCACAAUACCAUUGUGUCUGCACCUGGGUCUCGCCUUGUGCCCUUAUAACAGAUGAGAACUCUCUUGGUAGAUAGUGUGGUCUACAGCUUAUCAUAAGGCGUGCAAUACCUCAAGACGUCUUUAAUAUUAGACAUCAUGCACCAGCUGUUAUUGACAAAUAGACACACACCCCCAGCCCUCAUCUUACCAGACGUAGCUUCUCUGUCCUGCCCAUGCAUAGAAAAUCCCAUCAGCUCCUUAUUAUCCGUGUUGUCGUUCAGCCAUCACUCGGUGAUGGCUGAAGAUAUUACAGUUAGAUAUUACAGUUUUUAAUGUCCCGUUGGUAGGAUACUCUUGAUUGUAUAACAUCCAUUUUGUUUUCCAAUGAUUGCACGUUGGCCAAUAGAAUGGAGGGUAGUGGGGGUUUACUCACUUACCUACGAAUUCUCAGAAGGCAGCCUGACCUCCUCUCCCUUUUCCUCCAUCUUUUCUUCAUGCAAAUUAUGGGAUUUGGGCCCAUUCCUGAGAAAGCAGUAUAUUCUUCCCGUCUAAAUCAUUAAAUCAUUUUUUUGUCCAGUUCGAGGUGAGUAAUCACUGUUCUGAUGUCCAGAAGUUAUUUUCGGUCAUAAGAGACAGUAGCAGCAACAUUAUGUAUUGUAACAUUAUGAACGCAAAAAAACUAACACAAUGUCACGUGUGCUCCCUCUCCGGCCUCUAGGUCACCAGGCUGCUCAUUAUGGCGCACACCUGUCACCAUCUUUAAGCGCAUCUGCGCAUAAUGACACUCACCUGGACUCCAUCACCUCCUUGAUUAUCUGCCCUAUAUAUGUCACUCGCUUCGGUUCCUUCCCCAGGCAUCAUUGUUUCCUGUCUGUGCGUUGUUCAUGUUUCUUGUUUUGUAUUAUGUUUCGUUCAUUCAUUAAAUUAUUCACUCCCUGAACUUGCAUCCCAACUCCUAGCGCACACGUUAUAGAAUGAAGCCUCAUCAAAGCGAAGCAUCAGGGAGUGUUUUUUGUUGCGUUGGAGGUGAUGUUGGGUCUGUCUGUCAGAACCGAAGCUACCUGGGAGGCCUCAGCCGGUUUGUCGGAUUCCCAUGCCUCGGCGGGUUCAACGGGUUACCCUGCCUCAGCUGGCUCGACGGGUUUCCAUACCUCAGCAGGACCAACAAGCUUCCAUGCCUCAGCUGGCUCGACAGGUUCCCAUGCCUCAGCUGGGUGAACAGGUUCCCGUGCCUCGACAGAGGCAACCGGGGAGGUCUCAGCCGGCUCAUCAGGCUCUCACGCCUCAGCCGGUUCCUCAGGGUUCUGGACCUCAGCGGAGGUGACUGGUCCGCUCCUGAUCCCUGAGAUCGUCCCUGUGGUUGGUGUCCUGCGGCUGCAGUCACACGCCGGGGAGGGGGUACUGUCACGUAUGUUCUCUCUCCGACGCUCUUGGUCGCCAUGCUCCCGCGCCUCAGCCGGAUCAACAGGUUCCCGUGCCAUAGCAGAGGUGACCGGUCCGCUCCUGAUCCCCGGGAUCGCCAUUUUGGUCUGCGUCCUACGGCUGGAGCCGUGAGUCGGGAGGGGGUACUGUCAUGUGUGCGCCCUCUCCGGCCUCUAUGUCACCAGGCUGCUCAUAAUAGCUCACACCUGUCACCAUCAUUACGCACAUCUGUGCAUAAUGACACUCACCUGGACUCCAUCACCUCUUUGAUUAUCUGCCCUAUAUUUGUCACUCCCUAUGGUUCCUUCCCCAGGGGUCAUUGUUUCUGUUUCAGUUUCCUGUCCGUGUUUCUUGAUUUGUAUUAUGUUUCGUUCAUUCAUUAAAUUAUUCACUCCCUGAACUUGCUUCCCGACUCCCAGUGCACACGUUAUACACAAUAGCACAGUUGAUUAGGAGACCGUAAAACGGCAGCCAUCCCCUCCGGUGCCAUUCUCUCCCUUUGCCUUGAUGACAGCUUUGCACACACUUGGUAUGCUCUCAACCAGCUUCAUGAGGUAGUCACCUGGAAUGCAUUUCAAUUAACAGGUGUGCCUUGUUAAACGUUAAUUUGUGGAAUUUUUUUCCUUCUUAAUGCGUGUUUUUUUAAUACAUUUUUUUACCCUUUAUUCCCGACUCUGAAGUCAGGAGGACUUGAAGAAUUAGGCGUUAACCAGACGAUUAGCAACUGGGCUGACUUGACUUUGAGUAGGGACGCUACUAUAUCAUUAAUAAAAACAAAUUGCCUAGCGGAAUAAAAUAAAACAUGAUGUUAUAUAAUGAUGUUGAAGCACUUUGCCCUGGUGACAUGAAGGUCCUCCAAUGCCACAGUUGUUGUAUAUUUUUAAUGUUUCUGCCAAAACCUCUGCUAUGAGGUCCUGUUUGUUCAGUAAGGCCCACACAGGAAGGGUCCCAAGUGGCGCAGCAGUCUAAGCCCUGCAUCUCAGUGCUAGAGGCUUCACCAUAGACCCUGGUUCGAUCCUGGGCUGUAUCACAACCAGCUGUGAUCAGGAGUCCCAUAAUAGGGUGGUGCAGUGCACAAUUGCCCAGCAUUGUCUGUUUUUUAUUUUUUACAUAAGGUAAAUUGACUGAGAACACGUUCUCAUUUACAGCAACAACAUGGGGAAUAGUUACAGGCCAGAGGAGGGGAUGAAUGAGCCAAUCGUAAACUGGGGAUUAUUAGGUGACCGUGAUGGUUUGAGGGCCAGAUUGGGAAUUUAGCCAGGACCCCGGGGUUACACCCCUACUCUUAUGAUAAAUUCCAUGGGAUCUUUAAUGACCUCAGAGUUAGUAGGGGGUUUGGCAGGGGAAGGCCAUCAUUGUAAAAUAAGAAUUUGUUCUUAACUGACUUGCCUAGUUAAAUAAAUUGGACCAUAGAAUACUACAAAUCAACAGGUUUUAGGUGGAGUGUUUUCCCUCAUUUGUGUACAGCCAGAUCUUAUCAGAGCAAGAUGGACAUUAAUUAAGCACCACACCCUGGGUCUAUUCAUAUUCAACACAAUAAUUCUGCUUCUACACAAACUCCUAACACAAACAAGACGUUUCCACAAGCAGAGUCAUAUUUCAACAGAUGCUGCGUAGGGGAAAUUACAAGGUUGGGAAAUAAAGGAUAUAAAUCUACAAUUUGCGCAAUGCUGCUACAGCAAGACAUUCGAAUCAGGGAGGAGCUUCGUGUAAUGAUCGCAUUUUAGUGGAAUUGUGUAAAUAUCGUUUCAGAAGUUUACUUUUUAAUGAUCUUUCUUCCACUUGCUUUACUAUCGUUGUGGUGAAGGGAAGAGCAUAUAGCCAUGGCUGCGCUUUGACAGAACUGCAAAGUUUUGAAUUCUGGGCUACUCGUGAAAAUCGGUCGGUUCUAGAAAAUACCUGCUAAAGUUCAGUGUGGCUCCACAGUACGACAUCGUGGGAAUCUCGAUUCGAAAACUCAUUGCCUGCAUUUAGACUUACUGCUGAAUGUUUACAUUUACACUACACUUGAGGACUUCAUUGCGGAUUCACAUUGAAAACGUUCUAGGAAUCAACCUUCUGAGAGUGGCAGAGGAUACUUUCAGUGUCAGACCCCCACGAGUGACAUUUUCUUAAGUUCUGUAUUUCUUUCUUAGGCAAGCCUAGGAAUCUAGUAUUAUUGAAUGAAUAUGGGUUGCCUGUGCAGUAAAGAUCAACGUAUUGAGAAGGCACGUAAAGAAUCAAACAAAAGGAUUAAUAAACAGCUGCAAGAAGACAAGCAUAAUAACCAAAUGACUUGCCCGCGCCAGUUGCUGCUGUUAGGAGCUGAUGAAUCUGGGCAACGCACGAUAGUAAAUCAGAUGCGCUGUUUACAUGUGGAACCCACUGCACAGGAGAAAAUGCAUUACAUACACAACAACAGUAAAAAUGCUUCAGGGAUGUCCGAGACAUUUUUCGAGAUGGAUGGUAUCCAUUUUCAUGUAUCUAAUGUUAGAGGUCAGAGGUACGAAAGCAGAAAGUGGAUGCGGUGUUUUGCUGACGUGUGGGAUGUUAUUUUUGUGGUGGACAGCAGCAGCUAUGACAUGGUGAUUCAGGAGGACAGCCAGACCAACGGGCUGCAGGAGGCCCUGAACCUCUUCAAGAUCAUCUGGAACAACAGGUGGCUAAGGACCCUUCCUGUCUGGGUCUUACUAAACAAACAGGACCUCCUAGCAGAGAAGAUUUUGGAGGGGAAAUCAAAAAUGGAAGAGUAUUUCCCAGAAUUUGCACACUACACUAUGCCGGAAUGUUCUACACCAGUACCAGGGGAGGACCUUCGUGUCACCAGGGCAAAGCAAUUCAUACAUGAGGAGUUUCUGAAGAUCAGUACAGCAGGCCAGCUAGACGAAAGGGACUGUCAUCUGGUUUUCACCUGUGCAGUUGACACGGAAAACAUCCGGCUCUUCUUCCGUGUCUUGACAGAUAGCCAGCUUGGUAGAUUUUCGACACUGAGACACUUAUUUUUCACCGACUGUGACAAAUUUCAAUGAUUUGAUUACUUGAGACUUAAUUACCUUGGCAUAAAAUAAAAAAAACUUGAGAUUUGACUUUGGUAGUGUUCCAGGCCAACUACGUUGCAGUUGCCAGAUCUCACAAUGCCUGAAUAGGUGUUGAACAUAUCCACUAACCACAUCAUAUAAUAUAGCACUCUGACUGCAAUGUUGAUGACUGCAAUUUAUUCGCCCUGGAACAUGGCCUACGACUUGUAGACUCCGCUGACAUGAGAUACUUUUGAGUUAAAAUAUUUUUGUGCUGUUUUCUUACUCACUGUGGCAUAUAGUUUUCUGAAAUAGGACCGCAAACCAAAGCCAAUUUGAGUAAACAGAACUAACCUUCUGUCAACGGUGGUGUAACACUCUCUGAGCCAGCCAAUGGUGGGGAGCUUGUCACGCUGGGCCAUGGCACACAGGUACACAAUGACGUAGUUCUCCGCAACCAUCAGGUCCAACGUUCCCACAACGUACCUGCAAUGUUUAGUGGUGCUGUGGUUAGGAAUGUCGACCUGAAAAGUGGCCAAUUCAGAUAGUGUUUUACUAAGACUGUGGCUUCUCAUCAAUUAGCUCUCAGACCUGAACAGGUUGUCCAUGACAUGCUGGUAGUUCUCCAUGUUGUUUUCAGGGAGAUAGCAGGAAGAGAACACAAUGAUGUCAUUAGACCCUUCUCCAUAGUAACCUGGAAGGAAAACAACAUUUGGAUGAGGCAAAAAUGAACAUGCAAAAAAAUAAGUGAAGAUGCUCGUUCUGUCAUCUGAGUUGAUCGCACAACAAACGGUCACAUUAUCCGAAUUCCAUGAGCCUGAGGAAAGCUCACAUUCUUGCAUAAUGUCGGUUAGGUAAGUGCGACAGAUUAAGUGAGUGCUGGGGUUCUGGACUCACCCCCAUGUGACAAGACUGGAAGGAAAGGUUCCAGUACACUCAUGUUGACCAGACUCUCCUGAAGCGGAUCUCCUGUGCGGAACCGGCGCCACCUAGUGCCCUGGCUGUCCACUUGAUCUUGGUCAAGAGAGCCCACUCCCAUCUGCUCUGGUACUGACCCACGGGCCUUAUGGAAACGGGAUGCCACUCCCAGACGAAGCAGGUCAUCUGUGAAUGGGAAUAAUGUUUCAAAGGUCAAUUUCCCAUACCGUACUGUAGAUAACAAAAUGCAUCGAUGGAGAGUGGUUGUGUACUGUCUAUAAUAUAUUAUAUCUACGGCGUCAAGAUCACCUAAUGCAAAGCAUAUAUAAAGGGAAUAGCUAUAUAUUAUGAAUUGCCCAAAAUAACCUAUUUGUGUCUAUCCCAUGGGAACAAUAUAAUCAAAGUGAAAGUUGUUCAAUAAGUUCAUUGGCUGAUCUUGGACCUGUGAGUGAAGAAACGGACCAAAGAUAAAGGCUGUUAGACUGUCCUGUCCACUGCACCCAGUUCUCACCCUCCAAAUCCAUGUCGUGCACUGGAAAAUGGAGGGACUCGCUGUCCGAGGGCGUUUCCAUGGCAUCCAAGUCGAUGUCCAGCCCCAGAUCGUCAUCAUCAGGGGAGGGAGAGAGGGCAGCUGUGGCAUAGUCGUCGGACACCGCCGAGUCACUGCGAUCCAGCGUCAGACUUAGGGCGGGAGCCACCAGACGCUUCUUCCUGGGUCGGGGCCCUGUCAGAGCCAGGCUGCUGGGCGGGGCUACCAUGACAUUUAAUCCUCAUGAUUUGCAUUUAUAUGGAGCUUUAUAACAGUGACUGUGAUGUUACAACGUUGCCAUUUUGAAUUGAAGUGUUACCUGGCCUGUCAUCAGCAGCUAAUGUGGGGUUCCCCGAGACUGCAUCUGUGCCAUGAGCAUUCCUGGGAGGUGACCUACAAUGUUUAGAGAGGUCAACAAUUACAUUUCUAUGGAAUUCUUAUUAGAUAUAGGUGUUUCAUUGUGAAAAAAACACUUGUUUGGAUAUUUGGUAUGUUGAUAAUAUAACAAGAACAAUUCAGUCUGAUGACCAUAACCUCUGACCUGGGAAUGUAAAUGUCCUCCUCCUCCUUCUCCAUUUUUUGCUCUUCCUCUCUUGGCUCCAUGUUGUUGCUGUGCAGGUUCUCAGUGCCAAGUUUCCUGAUUGGAUGUUGUCAAGAGUAACAGCAGACCUUUUGGCCCGGAGAAAUGAAAAGUCCAAACCGCUAUUACAACUCAGGAGCAACUUUAGCUGUGACUUCAUAUGUUUAUUUGAGGAGAAUAAAGAGUGUAAAAAAGAAAAUGAUGACGAAUGUCAUGGACAUAGGGUAACAAGUAAACAAAUAAAUACUGUAGCACCUACAGGUUCGUGUCGGAUCAGUUCUGCCAAAUGAUCGUAUACUGAGGGAUUUGUUCCUGUGCUGGCCUCUAGUGGAAAACGCACAGUGUUCAUUUGUAUUGAGUGCAAUAAAAGUAGUGCGCUAUAUAAGCCAAGGCUUGUCAACAACCA